AUGGCCGACGCGGAGCCAUCCCUCAACAUCCCUUCUCUCCUUACCCUCGCUGUCUUCUCUUUCUUUGUAAUCCGGUGGUUCUUUGGACGAAACGGCGCUAUCCCAUCGAGCGAUGCCGCGGAGCGGCAGGGAAGCGGAAGGCGUGUUGAUCCCGCUCACGUAGAGCAGCUGUCACAGAUGUUCCCUCAACUGGAUAGGAGAGAUAUCAUGUGGGAUUUACAGAGGAAUGGGGACAGUAUUGCUGCAACAUCGGAGAGAAUAUUAUCUGGCGGAGGAUUGGAUACGCCACCACAAUCCUAUCAGCCUCAGAUCCCUGUCCCGUCAGCCCCAAUGACAACCGCCGCCGGUUCAAACCCCCGAUCCACACCUAAACCACAAGCGCAAGACCUCAUAUCACGAUACAACCUUUCAGAUAAAGUUAAAUCGGAAUCAGCGCCAAUCGUGGAAAGCUCGGGCUCUGAGACAAUUUUACACCAGGAAAGUACAUGGUCACAAAACCGAACCGAGAGACAGCGCCUUUUGCAACAAAGAAGAGACGAGAUGAUCCUGGCUGCGAGGAGGAAAUUGCAGGAAAAAGAUAGAACGGCCGGGCGAAUAUAA